UAUGAUUUCCAAAAGAAGUUUAUCUAAGGGUCCAUAAAGUUUCAAAGUACACAUUAGAAGAUUGCCUCCACUUUGUAGAGAAGAAGAAUUUAAUGCAACUAUUUAAGAAUACAUGAGUGAUAUAGUGAUGAAAUAUUAUGUAAAAGGCAAAUUGAAGUAAUAAUUUUAUCCAUUAUAAGAGAAUAAGAAAAAAUAGAUUCAAGAUGUUAUUUAUUUUUCAACAGUGAAUCCUCAAUGAAUCGAUUCAUCUAAGGAUAUAAAAAAGUAUUCUGCGAUGAAAAAGGCUUAUAUUAUCUACCUGAUAUUGGAAAAGCUUUGCUUUAAAAUUAAUAGGAUUUAUUGAGAAAUAAGCCAAAACCAUUAGAAGGUGAAUAUUAGAAAACAGAACUCUAUAAGAAAUUUUUAAAGGUUUAAGAAGAGGAACAAUUAUAAUAAUUGGAAAAGGAAAAUGCUUAGAUUUAAUAAUUAAAGGAAGAGCCAAUAAAUGUAGAAGAUAAACCAAAGAAAUUUGAGAAAGUUAAAACGCAUAUAAUUAUGGAAUUAGAGAAGGAAUAUUAGAAGAAGAAAGAAUUGAAGACUUAAAUAGAUAAUUUGACAACCACAAAAAACAUCAUCAAAUUAAAAUGUGAAGAGGAUGGAAGAAUAAUUGAAAGAACAUUUGUAAUAAAUUAGAUUAAUAAUUAUAGAUUUUCGUACCUAAAGCAAAAAAUUGAA